CCCGGAUGAGGUUGCCACAGGGCGCAUCCUCCGCUGCUGAACAUCUUUGUGGUGCGUUUCUGCAGGUGAACAUCGGCAGAAAUGGGCCGCAGGAAGUCAAAGAGAAAGCCUCCUCCAAAGAAGAAAAUGACGGGUAACCUGGACGUCCAGUUCACUUGCCCGUUCUGUAACCACGAGAAAUCCUGCGAUGUCAAAAUGGAACGAACGCGCAACACAGGAAUCAUAUCGUGCAGCGUUUGUUUGGAGGAGUUCCAGACGCCGAUCACCUACCUGUCGGAGCCGGUGGAUGUUUACAGCGAUUGGAUCGACGCCUGUGAGGCAGCCAAUCAAUAGUCGUGUCUUCCUGUGACUCUCUGACCUCACUCACAUCUCACUUCACGCCCAAAAACGUCUCUGUUCGGCCAGUGCGGCAAAGCCAAAUCUUCACCGACAAAACAGCGAUGUUUUAGUGUGAGUUUAAUUUUGCUGCGCUGCUUUUACGACGCGUCGCCCUGGCUGGGCCGGAGGCUGCCACGCUGUUCGCCUACAUCACGUCUUCCCGUGUCAAAGUCUUCAUAUGUCGGUGAUUCUGCUACAUUUUGGGUUUUUUUUCCUGGAUAAAAGCAUGUUUUUUUUUAAAAAAGAAACAAAAACAAACAUUGUCUCAUUCUUACGUUGAAAAUGUAACUGAAACUUCCAUCAGUGUAAAACA